AUGGACAUUUUAAGUAAUCAAUACUUCAUGAGUCAGUCGAGAGCGGAGCUCGCCGCUUUAGUACACGCUCUUUGGGCUGUAGAAAAAUACUGUUUCGAGACAUGCAUCGCCACCGCCAACUACUACAGUCUCCGCGGCGAGAAAUCAACUGCGAUCGUAUAUUUUGAACGAGCGAUGGUGUUGAAUCCGAGCUACUACGAUGCAUGGACGUUAAUUGGACACGAGUAUAUCGAGUUGAGGAAUUUUUCGCAAGGCUUGCACUCGUACAGAAAGGCGAUCGCUGGGAAUCCGAACGACUACAAGGCAUGGUAUGGCCUUGGCCAGGCUUAUGAAAUGUUGAAAAAUCACACGAGCGCCCUGACACAUCAUCUCAAAGCCCUCGACUUGCGGCCAAAUAACGAUAGAAUUUGCGAAGCAAUCGGUGACUCAUACGAAAAGCUCGAUCAGCUGCAUCUUGCCAAACGAUAUUUCAAGCGUGCUUCCCGUUUGGGUCAGUUCUCUUCCGCAAGUUGUCUUUCGAAGAUUGCCCGCAUUUGUCGAAGACUGAAAGAUGACGACAAAGCGGCGAAAUACUACGAAAUGUAUGUUCAAGCAGAGGUCGAAGCAGAGUUCGAAAUCUAUGGGAAUUUCGAACUCUGGGUCGAAGAGGACCACUUGGAUCAGAGACACGAAGGCUACAGCGAUGCGUACCUAUUUCUGGCGAAGUAUUAUAUUGAAAAGAAGGGAGACUAUUCUUCCGGCGAAGAGUUUGCCAGGAAGUGUGUUUGGUACAUCCCGACGCGAGACGAGGGGGCUAAGCUCCUCAAGAAGUUGCCAAAGAAAGAACUGUUCUCCUCGACUGGAGUCGUGGAUGGCGACAUCCCCCGGAGGCCACUCUCUGAGACACUUCCCUCGCAGGAGACGAGCCAGCACAAACUCGACAGCAGUAGCAGUGCCAAGUGCCAAGAGAAACACGAAAUGGACAAGUUCGACAACUGGAAUGAUUAUGUCAAGCUUAGGAAAUCAAAACUUGAGUAA